AUUAUCACAUUCUUGAGUCCUUCAAACGCAUCUCCCGGUCUUGGUUUAUAACAACAGGGGAAAGCAGAGUCGAAAGCUGACUCGUGUGUUUUGUUAAAAAAUACGCUGUAAUCACAUGUAGUCUGAGACAUUUCUAGCAUUUUUAAAGGUUAAAGAGGGAUUUUUUUAAAAGCUUCUUCAUAAAAGCGCGACACUGUUUACAGAGGACUUGGCUCCAAGAAAGGACAGAUGGCUCCAACAAAGCAACAUAAAGGACGUUUCCAAUUAGAUACCCUCCGAACUUCCUCCAGGAAAACUUCCUUCAAGCCAAGGAGUUGGAGUAGAUCAUGAAUUGGUUGGCUGAGGAAGGUCUUGCACUUGAGUCCUCCAAAGAAGAUCAGCUGAGUUUUUUGUGGCAUACCUUUCUUUUCACAAGAAGCUGUCUGGACAGUGUGACAAAGGAUCUAGAAACCAACCGCUUGCAACAUUUUGCAGAGAUGGCAGGGGUACGGAAGUCUUUGGAGCAGAUCAAAAUCUACACAGAGCAAAAAGAUAUUUUGGCUCAAGAGAUACAAGAUGAGAACGAACAACUCAGAAAGCAGCUGCUGCACCUUUUAUCAUUGCAAGAUGCCCAGACAAAUGAGGUUGCCAAAAUGUUGUACCAGCAUGGUCUCACUGAACUGAUUCCCAGCAGCCCCAGUGAGCAGGUGGCGUAUCUCCUGGUUGAAAGGGCUUCUCUGCUUGAGAUGAAUCAGGACCCUUGUGAACUAACUUGUGAUGGAGACACAGGGAAUCAACGGAAGACUCUUCCAGAACCAGUAAACACCAGCAAAUGCCCAUCUAGCCACAAGAGGCCGCCACGACAUUUGCAAAGCUCAUGGAAGAAAAUAUUUGGACUCUAUAAGCCUUCAGAGGCCAAGCACUCCUUUGUACCUGAUGGGGAGACGUGUUUAAUUGGUCAGCCAAGACAUUUGGAGAAGAAGUGUUCCCGACUGGAGCUGGAUGUGGAAGAGGGUUCACGUAGGCUGGCGAUGGCCCACACUGAGAUUCGGCGUUUGAAAGAUGAGCUGGAGUCUGCUCACUGUACCCAGAAAACAUAUGAGCCCGAGCUGCAGGCAGCGACAGAACAGGUGGAGCAGCUCAGGCAGGAAGUAGAAAAACUUAAGCAACAUGAAAUGGUCGAGCUGAGGAAGGCCAAAGAGCUUAAUGACCGUUUGGACCUUGAGAUCAGAGCCUUGAGAAACAGAGUCCGCUCCCUGGAUGCAGAGAAAAACUCCCUGAAGAAGACGGAAUGUCCUGGCUGUUUGAAAGCAAGGAAUGCUUUGCUGUGUGAUCAAGAUGAGCAUGAGAAUUUACAGAGGGAGAUCUGUGAAGCCCUUAAUUGUGUUGAUGAAGAGCGAAGUAAGUACCACAAUAUGAAAGACAAAUUUAUGGAAAAACUGUGCCGAGCCAAACAGAAACUGGACGAGGAAACAGUAUGGCGUGAUAAGAGAAUAAGCAACCUGGAGAGAGAGUUGUCUCUGUGCUACCACUCCAUGAAAAAGGAGAAAGAAGUUGUAAAGUGCGUAACAACGGAAAAUGAAAAGCUACUUUCUGAGAGGCGGAAACUGUUACAACAGCUCAGUGAGGAGGAGGACAACAUGAAAAACCUCAAACUAACAGCUUCUUUGACUAAAACCAGGGUGGAGUAUUUAGAGACGGAGAACAAGAAUCUGGGAAACAAAAUGCUGCAAAUGUCCAACCUGAUUGCCACCCUGGAACGCAGGUUGCAGAACAUGCAGUGUUUGCACUUUACUGAGGAACUACAGAAAAUGUCAACUCAACAUCAUACAUUUACACCCCCCUUGACUACAAGGUUGUUGCAUGAAGCUCAGGACUCAUUGGACCGUCCAUAUUAUAGUGACACCAAGCAAGCAGAUCUGACUACCUCCCCUGGCUGUAUUGCUUCCGCCACCUUGAGCCGAACAGCAGAGGUUGGCUACCUCAACCUCAGCUCAACACAGAGGGCCUCAGAGAAGUCAAAGCUACAGUCUGCUUUCAGGACUUCAGAGAAUGAAACUUCCUAAGAUUUUCUAACUUAAAUAUGAUUAACCUGUUAAUACCAUUCCGUUUAGAGGUUUGUGCAACAUGUAUUGUAUAUCCUGUAUUUUUCCCCACGCCAGUUAUUACAGGAAAAUCGUGUGACUUUACAAGAAUAGCUAAACUGAAACAUUUCCACUCUGCUUUGGAUUGGUUAAAGUCACAAGCAAGAAGAGACUGGAAAGGCUUUACCUCUGGCAGCAUUGUGGUUGCUAUCUCUCUCUGCCUGUUUUUUCUCUGUAUGUAGUAUGAGCUAUGAUGAGAACCUCUAUCGUAACUACAUUCAUGCUUUCUCAAACAAGUACAAUUGAAAGAUUUGGUUUUGUUGUAUUUUAUUUGUUGUUUAUUUGUUUUACACAUGUAACUUUUAUACCGUCUUGUAGAUAGAAAACACAUUAAAGCUGCCAGAAACAUUAUUCAUUUAACAAU